AAUGUCAGAUUCUAGCAACGAACAAGGCCGACCCAUUUUACUAGGCUGCGUAAUUGGUACUGCUUGCUUGCGGGGAAGGCGGGAACGGAAUCGAUCAAAGCCCAACUCCAUGGAUCCGGCGUGGAUUCAUCCGACCCAUAUAUAUAUAUAUAUAGCCACCAUUUUUGAAAAAAAAGCUACUUUACCGAUUCCAAGUAAAAAUACACGGGACUGGUCAGAAAAUGAGCCAGCAGUUUUGUGGAUCAGUUGUAUAAUCAGGAGUAAAUUGUUUUUGAAGAAGAAGAAGAAGAAGAAGGCAAAGCAGACUAAGCAGUAGCCAUGGGGGGUAGCCAAUCCACUGUACCAAGGGUGACGUUCCAUCUGCCGUUUGACGUAACGAUCGAAAUCCUAUCGAGAUUGCCAGUGAAAUCCCUCUUGCGAUUCAAAUCCGUAUGCAAAACCUGGUACGCUCUCAUCGAAAACCCUGAUUUUAUUGCCAAGCAUCUUCAAACCCAUUCCGCUCUCAAUUCCGCCUCUCUCCUAGUAACCACUUACAAUCGCGAAACCAAAAACAGUGUAAUGUCCUUGGUAAUGAACGAUGGGUUUAAUAAAGGUCCUAUCAAUCUCUAUUUCCCACCUUUGAAAAGGAGGAGUUAUCUUUCCGUUGGGGGUAUCUGUAAUGGUCUUGUUUGCGUUAGUGUUUCUCGAUAUGGAUUUCCCUUGAUUCUAUGCAAUCCCGCAACUAGACAGUUUCGAGAAAUCCCGGGUGCCGAAUGGCAAGGGGCACACAUUCCGGAUCACAAUGUGUUGUUAAAAGUUAAACGAAUCAGUUUUGGGUUUGGCUUCCAUCCCAGCACUAAUGAUUACAAGUUGAUUAGGAUUGUGUAUUAUGCUAGUCCUAUCAGGAAACACAACAUCCGAGCUGAUCUGUAUGUGAUGAGCACUGAUACGUGGACAAAAAUUGAUCCUAAUAAGCUUUCAUUGUUCGUGGGGGAGGAGGAUGAAUUUGGGGAGGAUAACAACUUUGUGCUCGUGGAGAUUUUUGGAUCUUCUGCUUCAGCGGUCCUGAGUGGAGUUUUCUAUUGGCCGGCACAUGUAGCCUCAACUAAUGAAUUGAUUGUUGUGUCCUUCGACAUGGGUGAUGAGGUGUUCAGAGAAAUAAGAACACCAUCAUGUUUGAAUAAUGAAACUUGGUAUGCAACAAACUGGCGAUUGACGGAAUUAAAUGAUAAACUUGCUCUGUUUAUUUUACUACCUUGUGACAGAUACUGUGAUGUGUGGGACCUGUGGGUGUUGAAUGAAAGUGAGAGUUCUUGGACUAACCAAGUUAAAGUUCGAUCUUCUCCAAGGAUUGCAAGUACUGUGGGAAAUUGGGAACGUGGUGAAUUAACAGUGGUGGGAUGUGCAAAAAAUGGUCAAUUGUUAGUGACUUACCAUACAAUAUCUGGUGAUUUAAAUGUCUUUUUGUAUGAUCCACAAACCCGGAAAACUGUGGAUCUUUAUUUUGCUCAGGUUGCGUAUGCACCACGUGUUUACUUGUAUGAGGGCACACUGCUUCCGCUCAUGCAACCAAAUGAAGUCAUGGAAGUAGAAGAGGAAGCACUGAAUUCAUGUGAGUAGCUGUUUUGAAUGCCUUGUCUGUUCAGUGUUCCCGCUUAUUUUAGUUGUGCUAUUUAAAAAUGCCUCAAAGGUUUCUCUGUUAUGUGGGUAAUAUAUCUUUGACCCUUGAUUUCUAUAACAUUGACUGCCAUAGUUUGGAUCCUAUGUUCAACUUUCAAGUGAUGUUUCAUCAUUUGAGUUUCUUGUAUCAUCGGGUGAGCGUAAUGUUUGGACCAUUCUUCUCUUUGGUUUUCCAACUAUUAACUUCUAUGUGUACUCUUUAAUUUCUCACUUCUCUCCCGUGUUAAUUUUGAAUGGAUGCAGGUGCAAUACACGUGCCCAAUAUGUAGGAAAUAGCUAUUAAUGUGGUUGAAUGAUGUGCAGUAUUUGAUUUGUGUUUGAAUGAUGUGCAGUAUUUUAGUGGCGCCAAAUGAGCUCUCUUCUAUGUUUACCACUUAAGUUUUCUAUUGUGCAAUAUUUGAAUUAUGACAUAUCAGCUAUUGAUUUUCAAAAAUGAGUAAUUUGAUCAUCCCUAUUGUGCAUUGCUUAUGCUAUGGAUUUUGAGUGAAGAAAGCAAGGAAAUGAGCACCUAAAUUGAAUUGGGUCUCCAUGCUUGUUCUCUCUGACGCCUUUCGGCUUUGAUUUGGAGUCAUGAUUCAACAACAUAACUUCCCUUGACUUGAUGGUCUAGGGGGCACUAUUUCAGUGAUAAAACAUUCUAAGAGACUUUGUGCAUAUAUUGUCAAAAGUUAGGUCUUUCUCCAGUCCUCCCCUGUCCAUGCCCUCAUCGAUUGGGGAGCAUAUGAGUACUCCUAUUGUUGUAGUUAUUUGAUCAUCCCUAAGGUAUUACAAUCAGCCAAUACACAGUUGCUUGGUCUGUAGAAAGAUGAUAUUGAAACCUCUAUAGUCCAAGUAAACAGCUUUCAGAAUUCAAUCGCUUGCACUAUUUUUCUCUUUUUCUUAUUCUGCUAGAGUUGGGACCUUUUCUUUUUCUUCUCCUUUUUUUGUCUGUAGAGUGUAUCCUUUCUUUCGUGUGAAGGAGAAUAAAAUUCAAGUUCAAAGCAUUUUGGUUAAUGAGAAUAGCUGGGAAGAUGUACUGAGGCUAUUAGCUAAUGGCUGGAAAGGAAAUUUAGGGGAUGAUACAAAGUUACAAACACUAAAUUGAAUAUAUUCAAGAUGAACUUGAGGAAAAUAGGCUAUGUUCAGAAACAUACAUGUAUACUUAAGGAGCAAUUGGGAUGCACUUUUCUUAUCAAUGAUGUCUUUUACUAUCAUUUCAAUGCUUAUGUAACACUUUUGACAUCAAUGGAUUUACCUUUUUGCUGAUAAAAGGAACUGCUCAAGGAGCAAUGGGUGCAGAAGCCAGUCUGAGGCACAGACGAACGCUAACUGUCAAACUAAGGAACGAUCAAGACAAUAAACCAAGUCUACCAUUAUGAAGAAAAGUAGACUACGAAAGUUUGAAGUCAUACGUUUUCAAUGAUUGAAGGUUCUUUGGGAAGGGGAUAAUGGUGGAAUCAUACUGGUGGAAUGUCAAGAAAUGCUUAACUUUUUUCUUGUGAUGAUGCCGUGGUUGACUGCUUACUAGUUACAGCUAUAUUUUGGAGCUAUUGUUGUUCCAUGCAAAUAGAAUUUUCAACUCUUGUUGCAUGCCUUCUGAUAAUUCUUUGAGCAUAAAUGCACUUGUCUUUCUCCUUUC